GCUGUGUUACUGCAGCACGGUGUUGGUGUGAUGGAGGCGUUAUUUAGUCUUUUCGGCUUGGAAUGGUUGGACACACGGAGUAUUUUAAUAUUUUUCUUCGUGUUUUUGCUGCUGAGCGAUAUUUUACGGAACAGAAAACCGAAAAACUUUCCUCCUGGACCGCGGGCUCUUCCUUUUAUCGGAGAUCUUCAUCACAUCAGCCCUGCUAGACUUCACCUGCAGUUCACAGAGUUUGCAGAAAAAUAUGGAAACGUUUUCAGUCUCCAUCUGUUUGGGGGAAAAGCUGUGAUCGUUAACGGUUACAAACACGUGAAAGAGGCCCUUGUUGAAAAAGGAGAGGACUUUAUGGAUCGCCCCACCAUUCCACUGUUUUCUCAGAUUUUCAAGAACAAAGGUAUUGUGAUGUCAAACGGUAAUCCAUGGAAAGUCCAGAGGAGGUUCGCUCUUCAUACGCUGAGGAACUUUGGUCUGGGGAAGAAGACAAUGGAGCGAUACAUCCAGCAAGAGUGCCAGUAUCUCACUGAAGUUUUUGCCGAUCAACAAGGAAAGCCUUUCUCAGCCCAGGCGCUGAUCAACAACGCCGUGUCCAACAUCAUCUGCUGUUUGGUCUUCGGGAGUCGAUACGAAUACAAUGACAAGCAGUACCAGACCAUCCUUGAGAACUUGAAUGAGAUUUUGCGCUUACAGGAAGGUUUGUGGGUGCAGAUAUACAACGUGAUUCCCUCUGUGAUGAAGUGGCUACCUGGACCCCAAAAGAAAAUAUUUGUGCUUCUACAGAACAUAACUGACUUUAUAGAAAUCCGUAUCAAAGAGCACAAAGAAAACUUUGAUCCCUCAUCACCGAGAGACUACAUCGACUCCUUCCUGGCAGAAAUGGGAGACAAAGAGGACAAAGAUUCUGGUUUUGAUCUCUUCAACUUGAGUGCUUGCACUCUGGACCUGUUUUUUGCUGGGACAGAAACCACCACCACCACGUUGCACUGGGGGCUGCUGUACAUGAUCUACUAUCCUGACAUACAAGAGCAAGUCCAGGCUGAGAUAGACGCUGUGAUCGGUCCAUCCAGGCAACCCGCGGUGACCGACAGAGAGAACAUGCCCUACACUGACGCCGUCAUCCACGAGAUACAGAGGAAGGGAAACAUCAUUCCACUGAAUGUGGCCCGCAUGACGACCAAAGACACCACUCUGGAUAAAUACUCUAUUCCAAAGGGGACCAUGGUCUUGGCGACGCUUCACUCUGUUCUCCAUGAUGAGUCGGUGUGGGAGACGCCACACUCCUUCAACCCUCAGCACUUCCUGGACCAGGACGGUAAAUUUAGGAAGCGAGAAGCCUUCAUGCCUUUUUCUGCAGGUAAACGUGUGUGUCUCGGGGAGCAGCUGGCCAGGAUGGAGCUGUUCCUCUUCUUCACCUCCCUCCUCCAGAGGUUUAAGUUCUCACCUCCUCCAGGAGAGCAGCCCAGUCUGGAGUGCAUGAUGGCAGGAACCCGCAGUCCCAAACCUUACCGCCUCUGUGCCGUGCCACGUUAAACCAUCAAAAUAGACGGCAAUGACUUAAAAUAUUGCUAUUUUGGCAUAAAUCAAAAAUAUGUCUAAUGAAAUAUUUGCUGGUAGACACACAAUCAAGGCAUUUAAAGUCACUGAUGUUUGAGUGACUUACAUUUUUUUAUUUGUUUUUAAAGACUUUCAGAAUAAACUUUAACAUUGUUGGGUUUAUCUUAGCUCCAACUUACUGAAUAACCUGAAACAAGUAAUAUAUCUGCUGUUGUUGCUUGACUCUUGUGUUGUACACAAAUAAAUAAUCUUGAAAUCUUG